GCUCACUUCGCAUUAGUGUGUAAUACGAUUGUCACGGACGUUGACCUUUUAAUAUUGAGUUCGUGUUGGAUUUCCGAACGUACCAGUGCUAACCCAACGAAAAUGGCGGAUUGUAUAGUGUCGAAGUAGCACUGCGUCGCUUGAUAUCAGUUUCACGAAAAUAUCGUGUUUUUAUGUGAAAAUGUGAUAAUUAUGAAUUAAAACUUGUAGUGAAGUGUUUUGUAUGUGUGUUUCAAGAUGAGCCGGACAGAAAUGUGCCGUUUUGGUGUCGGAAACUGGAUUUUUUUACUGGCCUGUAUCAAUUUGUUUACCCAUACCCAAGGCGGCGACAAAGACAGCAUGUUCAAGCUAACAUCAGAGCCGCUAGACGGCGUGGUCGGCGAGGGCGAGCGGUGGGUGCUAGCGUGCGCUGCGCCGUCACAGGCCCGCCUCGCGUGGCGGCACAGCACUGCUGCUGCCCCCACGCGUGAUCAUACUAUAUCGCACACUGAUAGCCACAGGAAACAACUGUCAAACGGGUCACUGGUAAUCGAAAGUAUGACAGCAGCUUUAGCUGGACAGUACCAGUGUGUGGCGACGGUGGAGGGGGUCGGCACUGUGGUGUCGAGAGUGGCGACGCUGUUUCUAGCUGAAAUACCCGAGCUCCUAGAGGGCCCGCGUGUAGUAUCUACCGUACUCGGUGCUAGCGCGUUACUCCCUUGCGGGCUCAAGCUGGCCCCGCGCGUGGCCGUUCGGGUGCUGCCUGCCCCAGCUAGUGCAGCACCACCGGAGCGACGUGUGUACGGAGCUGCGAGAUUGUAUGCACAGCCGCCGGUGUUGAAGCUCAAUGUAACAUGGUUAAAAAACGGUCAGCCGCUCCGCAUGGAGGCCGCACGCGUGUCACUCACACCGAGCGGCGCGCUGGAGCUCGAACCGGCGCGGGCGCAUGAUGCGGCCGUGUAUAGAUGUCAGGUGGGGUUGGCGGGGAGACGGGAUGUGAGAACGGGUCCAGAAAUAGAACUACGUGUGAACAGUGAAAUAGCGAAUCUAGAAGCGGCGCCGCGAUUCAUAGCCACACCUCAACCAGUUACAGUCAUGGAAGGAGCGUCUGUGACGUUCGACUGUGCUGCCAUCGGCAACCCCAAACCUGAAAUGAUUUGGCUCAAUAACGGUGUCGCUAUUGACCUCAACGACCUAGACUCCCGCUUCUACCUAGUAGGCGGUGGGUCUCUGCGCGUGCAGGCCGCGCGUGCGCUGGACGCCGGUACAUACACGUGCCGCGCGCACAACCGGCUCGACUCCGCCGACCACUCCACGCAGCUGCACGUUAUGAGUGUCCCACGAGUAACAUUACCGGAAGGUGAUAUAGUACGUGCACGUAAACGCGGCGACUCGCGCUUGGCCUGCGAGGUGAAGGGCAAACCGCCGCCGAAGGUCACGUGGCUGAAGGAUGGAGAACCAUUGUCGCCGAAUAACCAUGAUAUUGCUAUGGUUGAUGGUAGUUCACUGCGAAUCCAAGGCGUGUUACCGGUGGACGCGGGAGUGUUUCAAUGUUUCGCGACAUCACCGGCCGGGACCAGCACGGCUGCGCUGAGAUUGAUGGUGUUGCCGGAAAAUGCCCCCGACCCUCCAAGCACUCCGCAUGACAUAUUUAACAGUCUCCUUACAUCCGACCUAGAUAUAGAUCCUACAGAAGAUCUAGAUCUAGGCGAAACGUCAUCCGCAUAUACAUCAGGGCCGGAUUUGGAGUACGAUUAUUUAACUUCGAAUGAUUUAUUUCACGCUGCUAAAGGAAUGGAUAGUGAGGGGGAGGGGAACGCGAGUGUGGUCUCUGCGCCUGUGAACUUAAGGGCGGUUAUUGUGAAGCACAGAUUUGUGACGCUUAGUUGGGAAGAGCCGGAACAUAAAAUGGAGGAAAUUACUGGAUACGCUGUUUUCUAUAAGGUCAAAGGGAGUGUACGUGAGCGUGUAUCCCGCGGCGCGGGCACUCGCCACGAGAUGAACAUACCGUCGCUACAACCGGACACACAGUACGAAUUUACGGCACGAGCGUACACGGAAAAUGCUGUGUCUCCGGCUACUGAGCCGUUGGAAGUAAAAACACCAGCUGAAGAACUUCUCUACGGGCCCCCCGUGGACGUGCGGGUUGAGGCCACGGGGCCCCACUCAGUGAAAGUGAGUUGGUCACCGCCGGUGGACGCGGCAACUCCACCAACUAAAUACGCGGUUUAUUACACUGAGACGGAAAGCGGUCGCGAACAGAGCGAGUGGUGCUCACCGAGCGGGUGCACGGUGAGCGGGCUGCGCGCGGGCGGGCGGUACCGCGUGCGGGUCGCGGCCGCGGGGGGGGGAGCCUCGCAGGAGCGCCCCGUGCGCACACCGGCUGCACCGCCAGCUGCACCGCCGAGGAAUGUUACCGCGCUGUCUGCUUCGCAUACUUCAAUCCAAGUCCGUUGGGAAGCGCCACCCGCACGGACUCACGGUGGUCCCCUCACAGGGUACAAAAUACGCUAUCGCCUUAUAAGUGGUGGGGCACAAACUAGUGGGAGUGGGGCAAAUGGGGCAAGUGGGGCAAACAGAAGACGAGCUGAUUCAUUAACCACGCCUGCUGAUGCUAGACGAGCUGAUUUGACUAAUUUGGAACCGUCGGCUACUUAUCAGAUCCGCAUAUGCGCACUGAACGCGAACGGCUCGGGCCCGUUCAGCGAGUGGGUGAGCGCCACGACGGCGGGCACGCCCCGCGCGGAUACCGCUGUACCGGCUCUACCGCCGCCGCUCACGGCUCGCGCAGGCCGCGACUGGAUAUCAGUAUGGUGGGGGUCGACCAGCUCGGGGGGCACGGCGCGGGGCUGGUGGCUCGGCUGGGGGCUCGGCGUGCCCGACGAGCACUCGCGCGAGCUGCCCCUGCACAGGACUAGCUAUGUGAUACGCGGGUUGGAAUCGAACUCCGAAUACGUAAUAUCCCUGCGCGCUAGCAACGCCCUUGGCCUUGGUCCCGCUGUAUACGCGACCGUGCGCACACGCACUACGUCUCCGGACGACGAGCCGGACGAACCGGACGAGGCUGAUGCCGAUGAUCCGGAGGAGACUGAGGAUAAUGAUACCCCACCACUGAUACCGCCGGUGGGGUUGAAGGUUAUAAUGCUGAGUGGUACGACUGCAGUUGUUUAUUGGACAGAUCCAACAUUACCCAAAGGACAGUUAGCAACAGACGGACGUCGGUACGUAGUGCGCUGGUCGGCCGGCGGUCGUGUGCGUACAUACAACGUGACCGAUUUGAACUGUAUGUUGGAUGACUUGAGACCAUACACUACUUAUGAGUUCGCUGUUAAACUUAUUAAAGGCGGUCGCGAAUCCGCAUGGUCCAUGCUGGCCAGCAACACGACACUAGAGGCCGCCCCCGGGUCAGCUCCGCGUGAGUUGCGUGCAUCUCCCGCUGCUCCGGCCGCUCGUGCUGCUGACCUGGCGUGGACUCCACCCGCUAGACCCAAUGGCAGGAUUACUGGCUACGUAAUAAUGUACGCAAUCCAACGUCCAACGACCGGGGCUGCGGAAGAAUGGACCGCGGUCGCGGUCGUGGGCGACAGGAGCAGGGCCCGCGUGGACCGGCUCAGGGCCCGGACCACGUAUAGCUUCAAGAUACAGGCGCGGAACAGCAAGGGGCUGGGGCCUUUUAGUCCAAUCAUUACGUAUACUACUGGACUUGAAAGUGGUGAAGGAGCGGGUCUAGCUAGCGCUACAUCAGCGUGGCUGUGGGCGAGCGCGGGCGGGGCGUGUGCCGUGCUCGCUCUAGCGGCUGCGCUGGCGCUGUCGCUGUGCUGUCGCAGGACACAGCCCCCGCUGUCGCCUGACACUAGUACAUACCAAAAAGCGUCUGCCUCAGCGGGAAUCAAACCCCCGGACCUGUGGAUACACCACGACCAGAUGGAGCUGAAGCACAUGGACAAGAGUCUGCACAGCUCAGCCAGUAAGAUAUCCGCGGGCAGCGUGGACACAGGAGCCCUAGUAUCGUCCACGCUAACACUCCGAGCUCCACCAGCUGAGUACGAACCAACUCGAACUACACCCGCAUCGUUGGACCGACGCUAUGUGCCUACUUAUGUCGAGUCCCGCACGGGGUGUUGCUCGGGCAGUUCGGACGCGUGCCGAACGCCGCGGUGCAACCGCUGCGACCCGCCCGAUUGUGUGCCGCCUUAUUUAGCCAUGACAGGAGUGGGGGUGGGCGUCGGAGUGGGGAUGGGCGUGGGGUGCACCUCCACGUGUGAGAGACGACGGCAUAUGCCCGAUCAGAGUACACCACUCCUAACAGGAGUAGCGCCGCUGAGUUCAGCGCAAUCUUCUCUCGCGUCGUUACACGCACCGCCUGCACCGUGUGGAGCGAGUACAUGUCCUCUAAGCGCAUGUGCAGGUACCGAUGUGUAUGCGACCGCGCUCAGUGCGAGAGAGAGAGGCCACUAUGUGGCGUAUGAGCCGCUGGGACAUUAUACACACCGAGACUCGCUCAGCAGCGAAGCGGGCACCAACACAAUACCGGGUGCGAACACCGGUACCGGUACCGGUAUCGGUGCCAACACCGGUGCGGGCUCGUUACAGCGACGGGCACAUACCGGUGCGUUGCAUAGUUUCGCGUUGGAUAACGCGUCCGAUCAUUCUACGCCGUCGCAUUCUAAGGCGGGUAGUGUGAGAGAGACGUCACCAUAUAAGAAGAGUGCGAACUCUUCGCCAGGACAUAUUCCAAAUAGAUUGCAAUUAGGAGGUGGUGUCCCCCACAGCGGGUCGGAACUGGAGCCCCUCACCCCGUCCCGUUCUACGGAACGGCUCCAUCGGGACAUGCAGAACUUGGAGGGGCUGAUGAAGGACUUGUCUGCUAUCACACAGCAGCAGUUCCAUUGCUAGCGGCUUAAUAAUAUGUGGAAAUGUGGCUAAUUAGCCAGUUGUAAAAAAGAAGAAGCUCUCACGUACUAGCAGGUCCAUUGCUAGCGGGACUUUGGGCCAAUUAUAUUUUAAAAUAUAUAACAAUUGUACUGUGAAAACUCCAAUAUGUGACUAAUAAGACAGAAUUCACUUCAGAUGGUGGCUAAUUAGCCAGUUGUAAAAGAUAUAGCUGAAGCUGAAGAAAUGAAAAACUAUCGGGUAUUAGACCGCAGAGAAAAGGCAAAAAAUGUCGAUAAUUGAGGGGCUGCUGCUGCUAAAGUAGCAGUUCCACUAAUAGCUUACGUGUUAUGUGUAAAAAGUUGGCUAUUUAGCCAGAAUAAAAAAAAAUAACUCUUUUCCGGUUAUGAUAGUUGAAAGACUGCUAAAGCUGCAGUUCCACUGUUAGCGGACCUUUUUGCUAAUUAUACUGUAUGUGGAGGCUUCGAAAUGUGGCUAAUUAGCCAGAAUUGACAUCUUCGGCUUCAUGAGCCUACUUAAUGUUACUUAAGCGACAUCUAUUGUAAAAUUAAAACAAUUGUCGACAAAUUCAAAAUAUUGUUAAUACUUCAACGUAUAAUAAUUUUUAUAACUAUUAUUUAUUAUGAGUGAAUUUUGAAAUAAUAUGACAAAUUGUACUGAUUUUUAAAUUAUUUGAAUAUUUUAGAUUUUAAUUACAAAUACUGCCAUAUUAGUUUAUUGAUUGAUCUAAGUUUUAUGUAUAGUUGAUAUUUUGUAAAAUAAUGUAUUAUAUUUAUGCUAGUCGAGUGGUGCGUUCCUUUUUACGGUAUGAUAAAAAUAAAUUAUCUAUAUAAAAAAUUGAAUUUUCAGUAAUUAUUUCGAUUUUUUAAUACUACUAGAU